AUGGCUAAGAAAGACAAGAAGACCUCCGAUAAAAAGGCCAAGCUCGCCGAGAAGAAAGCGAAGCAAGAGAAGAAGGCCGACAAAAAAGCAAAGACCAAAGCGGCCAAGGUCGAUGACAGCGAUGCAGAGGAUGUCGACUUGGACGAGGUUCUAGCUGAGUACCAGAGGCAGCAGGAGCAGUUCCUCAAAGUUACCGAGGUCGUCGCCGAAGGCCCGCCAAAGCCUAGGGCGGCAUCAUGCUUCCUCGCCUCGCCUAGCAACUCCAAGGAGCUGUUAUUAUUCGGCGGCGAAUACUUCAACGGCGCGCUGGCGACCUUUUUCAAUGAUCUGCACAUCUACAAUGUCGACAGGGACGUCUGGAAGACGGUCACGUCCCCCAACGCACCGCUGCCGCGGUCCGGACAUGCCUGGUGCCGCGGUGGCAACCAGAGCCAGUAUGUGUACCUGUUUGGCGGCGAGUUCAGCAGCCCCAAGCAGGGCACCUUCUACCACUACAACGACUUCUGGAGGCUGGAACCCAACACCCGCGAGUGGCUGCGGAUCGAGUUCAAGGGCAAGUCGCCACCCGCGCGGAGCGGCCACCGCAUGACCUACUACAAGCAGUACAUCAUAUUAUUCGGCGGCUUCCAGGACACAUCAAAUGCCACCAAGUACUUGGCCGACCUGUGGCUGUACGACACGGUCAACUUUGUCUGGUUCUCACCAGCGCUGCCGCCCGCGCAGCUCAAGCCCGACGCGCGCUCCAGCUUCACCUUGCUCCCGCACGAGCAGGGCGCCGUGCUGUUCGGGGGCUACUCGCGCGUCAAGGCGACGGCGGCAGCCAACAAGGGGGCCAAGGCCGGGGCUCAGGGCCAGCGGAACGUGCUGAAGCCUAUGGUGCACCAGGACUGCUUCUUCCUGCGGGUCACGGCCCCGGGCGCCGAGGCGCCGCCCAACACGCCGCCGACGGUGCGGUGGGAGAAGCGCAAGAGGCCGGCCAACGCGCCCGAGCCCAAGCGCGCGGGCGCGACAAUGGCAUAUCACAAGGGCCGCGGGAUCAUGUUCGGCGGUGUGCACGACGUCGAGGAGAGCGAGGAGGGCAUGGACAGUGAGUUCUUCAAUGGGCUGUUCGCGUGGAAUGUCGAGCGGAACCGCUUCUUCCCGCUCGCGCUGCGCAAGCCGCGGCAGCAGCAGAAGAAGGGCGGCGGGGGCGGCGACGAGAGGGUCGGCAGGAGGGGCCGCGCCGCGGCCAAGGAGGAGGAGCUUCUGAAGCAGCUCGCGGCGCUGGAGACGGGCAAGUCGGUCGAGGACGCGGGCGACAUGGAGCUGGACGGCGGCAAGAAGGAGGGCGCCGACAGCGGCGAGGAGGAAGCGCCCGCGCGCGAGAUGCCCGUGUCCCAGGAGCUGCCGCACCCGCGGUUCAAUGCCCAGCUUACGGUGCAGGACGAUGUGCUCUACAUAUACGGCGGGACGUUUGAGAAGGGGGACCGGGAGUUCACUUUUGACGACUUGUAUGCCAUCGACCUGGGCAAGAUGGAUGGGUGCAAGGAGGUGUUCAACCGGAAGUCCGAGGAGGACUGGAUAGAGUCGGAAGACGAGGAAGACGAUGAGGAUGAUGAGGAUGAGGAAAUGGAAGACGACGACGAAGAAGACGAGGAAGAUAUCGAAAUGGUUGACGAGGGCAGUUCAAAGUUCACGCCGAGCAAACGCAAGAAGAAGUCACAGCAGGAUGAAGUGUCCAACGCCGGCACAGACUCCACGGCACCCUCGACGGCCGCUGCAUCAGAGGAGGAAGAGUCCGAGGCGGAUACGGUUGCGACGUCAGCCGACGAUGGGCUGCCUCACCCGCGACCCUUCGAGUCGAGGCGGGACUUCUUCCAGCGGACGACGGCCGAGUGGCAAGAGGUGCUGAUGACGAGCCUCAGGUGGAAGGGCAUCCAACCCGAGAGCCUCACGAUCAAGGAGAUCAAGGCCAAGGCUUUCGAGCUGAGCGAGGAGAAGUGGUGGGACUGCCGCGAGGAGAUCACGGCCCUCGAGGACGAGCAGGAGGCCGCUGGCAUCGGAGAGGUCGUCUCGCUGGCCGACAAGGGCGAGACUGGGGCGGGCGGUGGUGGCGGCGCCGGGAGACGGAGGUAA